AUGAUUGAAGCAAACCAUUCUGCAGUGUCUGAAUUUGUGCUCCUGGGACUCUCAAAUUCCUGGGAGAUCCAAUUUUUUCUUUUUUGCUUUUCUUGUGUGUUCUAUGUAUCCAGUUUGACAGGAAACCUUGUCAUAGUUGUCACUGUCACUUCUGAUCCCUGCUUGCAUUCCCCCAUGUAUUUUCUACUGGCCAACCUCUCUGUUAUUGAUCUGAUAUUUUGCUCCAUUGCAGCACCCAAAAUGAUUUGUGAUCUUUUCAGAAAUCAGAAAGUCAUCUCUUUUGGGGGCUGUAUAACCCAGAUAUUUUUCAGCCAUGCUGUAGGGGGCACUGAGAUGGUGCUGCUCAUAGCCAUGGCCUUUGACAGGUAUGUGGCAAUAUGUAAACCUCUUCACUAUUUGACAAUCAUGAGCUCACGAAUGUGCAUUUUAAUUUUAAUGGCUGCUUGGAUCAUUGGUCUUAUUCAUUCAUUGGUCCAACUGGCUUUUGUUGUAAACUUGCAUUUCUGUGGCCCCAAUGUAUUAGACAGCUUUUACUGUGACAUACCACAACUCAUCAAACUUGCAUGCACAGAUAUUUAUAGACUGGAGUUCAUGGUCACUGCUAAUAGUGGCUUCAUUUCCUUGGUUGCGUUCUUCCUGCUCAUCCUCUCUUACAUCUUCCUCCUUGGCACUGUUCAGAAGCACUGCCCAGGAUGUUCAUCCAAGGCUCUUUCUACUCUGUCAGCUCAUAUUACUAUAGUAGUUUUAUUUUUUGGUCCAUUAAUUUUUUUCUAUGUGUGGCCUGCUCCUUCAACACAUGUGGAUAAAUUUCUAGCCAUAUUUGAUGCAAUUUUGACACCAUUUCUAAAUCCUGUCAUCUACACAUUUAGAAACAGAGAGAUGAAGAUGGCAAUCAGGAAAAUAUUCUGUCAGCUCCUAGGUUUUAGAAAAGCCAUAUAG